AUGGGUCCAAAGCGAGGCUCGGCACCACCUGGGCAGGUGGUUGUUGUCCGUCAACCUAGCAUGUUCUGGAAUUCUGCUUGCAUUCUCAAUACAUUAGUCCGAUUGAACAUGCAGGACCUGGAGUCGAAGCAGGCUUCAGGAGCCAGCAUCGGCCAGUUGUACUUUGUAGCCAGCGAGGAGCUUGCAGAUGCAUCCUCGGAGGCUGCGGCCUUCACGGCCAUUGCAUCCUUCGAGGCGGCGGUGAUUUAUCCGUAUGAUGUGUCUCAAAUGCGCUUAUACGAGCUCUACGCGUUGUCAGUUCCGCUUUUCGUGCCGGAGAGUCCCCAGCUGCCCAGCUACAUCUACCGCGGCCUCACUUCCAUCGAGGACUUUGAUCACACGCUCCCGGGCGCCGGCAUCGGAGCCUUCCCAGACUCGGCUCAGACUCCACACCUCCACUACAACCCGUUCGACCGAAGGGACUGGCGAGGAGUGGAUGCUUGGACGCAACUGACGCACUGGGUGACUCUGCCACACUUGCUUCGAUUUGCCAGCGCGGCACAGAUCUUGGAGCAACUAUUGCAGGACCUUCGACCAAUCUCCGCUGCCAUGCGCCGGCAGCAGGAACGUGACGUCGUCCACGCCGUUCGCUUCUGGACAGCUGCUCUGGGAAGCAUCGGUUUCAAAAAUCGUGCAGUGUUGUCAGACUCGUCGUGGGACUUAUGGGAUUAUCUUGGCAAGACAGAUUUGACAGACUGGACGGUGCGUCGCACUGCUGGGCAUCUACCGCAAGCAAGCGUCUUGCAGCAUGCCUCAACAGACGAGGCGACGUGUCUUCGUCGCUUCUGGACCGACGAGCUCCCGUCGUCGGCUUUGACGGGUUGUUCCGUACGCUUGCUGUGCCGCAUCAAGGAUCAGUUCCGUGCCUGGGGCCUGGAAUUGAGGCAACAGCACUGGGACAAGCAACAAAUGUACCACACGCGAAAGCAGGCGAUGCCAAGGUUGCAGGUGUACCCUUUCAACGGGAAUUCCAUUGGAGACGCGGUCGGAGUCCUCAUCUAUGGGGACCCGGCCAGCUUCGAUUGGGAAGUGGACCACCCUCGCGAGUGCCUCCGCAGGACGGAGAGCGCGAGGAUCUUCGUCUCUCAAUCGGAACUCUUCCGCUCUUGGCCGGUUCGCCUUACGCCCGACCAUUCCAAGGGGCAUGACAUCAUCGUUUUGUCGGCCUUUGCAACGCCUGUUGAUCGUUUCGUUCUCAUGCGGCACGGCGGCAACCUGGUGGAGGACAUGGACGAUCCGGACGCAUCACAGCAGACGCCGACGCUUUGUCUGCGGAUCCGUUCGGCCCACGACCUGAGGACCACCGACACGGGAGACAUUCUGGAUCCGUACGUCGUGGUGCGUGCCGAUGGUCAUCAGAAAGCGAACCAAAGCUGCGUAAGUUGCACAUUUCGGGUCAGCCUCGGGGACGAGAAGGAGGAGGGUUCGCCAACUCACGCGGCGCUGCGGGAGGAUGCGGCCGGUGAUGUGCACGGCGCCUCUCAGGAGGUCGUGGCCCUGGAAGAGAGCCUCGCGCCGGCGCCAGGGCGGGGCCCCGGCCCAGGGGGCUCUGGUCUUCUUGGCCGGCUCUCGCCACGGUUCCUGGAGGCGGUGAUGGCACCAGGCGCAAACAUUGGCAUCAACCAGGCUGGCUGGCUGCAAUUUGAACCUGGCGCACAUGCCCACAUCAUGGCCCAGCACUCUGCCGAUGAGAUGCAAAUCAUCUUGUACCGCGGUCGUGAACUGGUGCUUUACGAUGCGCACCGCCAGCUGGCCUUCGCCCGACGCUUGACCAAGGAGCAGGCGCAGGUGCUUGUUCACAACCGACGACACAGUUCCUGCCCUUUGUGCAAGCAAGCGUUGAGCGAGUCCUGGGCUUUCGUGGUGGAGGGCUACUGGGAAACCAUACGAAAGGUUUUCUCCACCAAUGCUGGUGAGAAAGAGACAGCUGCCAUGGCACAGCUGCACAGCAUUGCUGUAGGCUUACUGAAUACUGGCUACUACGCCCGGUUCUUUCGUGAAGAGCGGAAACUUGGAUCGGGCUCAUUCGGGGCCGUGUAUCUGUGCACACACAUGAUGGAUGAAAUCGAACUGGGACUUUUUGCCGUCAAGAAACUGGCCUUGGGAGAUGAUGCCAACAGGCUUCGGCAGGUGGUGCGGGAAGUGAAAGCUUUGGAAAAGCUACGACACAUGAAUGUCAUUGAUUACAAGCACUCAUGGCUGGAGAUCGACCGACAUUCAGAGCUCUGUCCAUACGUGCCCUUCCUGUACAUCCUAAUGGAAUACUGCAACUAUGGCUCGAUGGAGAACUUCCUGUGGCCAAGAACCCCGGGUUUCAUUCGAGGCAGAUCGGACAAUUCCAAGCGAGCUCGGGAGCUUACAGAGGAGCUCAUCUGGCACUUCUUCCAUGGCAUGUGCAGCGGGCUGGACCACUUGCACUGCCGUGGGAUUCUACACAUGGACCUGAAACCGUCCAACAUCAUGCUGCACAUGGACGAGACUGACACUUUGCCCAGGCCGAUGCUGUCCGACUUCGGCACAUGUCACAUCAUCGGAGAAGGCCCUUUAUCAGAGCAUGGCGGAUAUGCGGUGGAGUUCUGCCCGCCAGAGCGACUGGAAAGGCAGGAACUUUGUGAGAAGGGUGACAUGUGGAGUGCAGGUCUAGUGCUGUACUCCAUGUGCUAUGGAGAUCUCCCAUACCACAGCGACGAUCCUUUGGAAUGUCGCCGUCAAGUUGAGAGCCACAAGGUUCUGCCUGAGCCGGUAGCAAAUAUUGCCUGGCAAAGAAGAGAUGAGCGAUUCUGGAAUGUCGUUUGUAUCCUGACGUCCCGGCAGCCUGUCGCUAGGCCGUCUGCCCGAGAGUGCGAGGUCUUAGCAGCGCAGGAGCUUGCGCGCCUGGCCAUGGCGCCCAAGUCGCCAAUGAAAAGCUUGAACUCUCCCUCCAUGCACCCGCUUGCUGGCCCGCAAAUGAUCAUGGAUUCCUCCUCGCUGCCCCAGCUGCAAGAUGGCGAAUUGGCAUUGACCAACAACUGUGAUCCUGUCUGGGCGACCGACAACGAGUUUGUGCACGCAGGGCCUGCUGAACUCUUGGUGCUCGAGGUCAUGGAUGCCAGCGGCCCGCGAAGCCUGGGAAAAGCAGUGUUGAGCACAGCAGAGCUGGGCAAAGGUGUUUGGCACCGAAGGACUUUGCCGCUGGACGGCAGUGGAGAGAUCUCCAUAGAGGUCCGCUGCGAUGCUUUGCCUUUCGGGCACUGCGAACCCGUGAAGGAACCGUCAAAGAUUUCGACAAAGUGUGACGACUCUCGGGGUGCUUCCGAAAGCAUCGAACCGAUGGGGAUGGUGCGUGGGACCCAGAUCAGGCUGCCACAGGACUGGGCAGAUGUGCAGGAGUCUGCAGACGAACUAGAACUAGCACCAAAGGAGCUCUCAUUCGGGCGGAGCUCUGACCCUCACAGGUCUGUGAGCACCUUCGAAGCACCCGGGGACUUGUUCGGUGAGACCCGAUUGGAGGUCCCCGACCCCGCUUCGUGGCUUCUUGGGCUGAGUAGGCUACAACAGUCCACGACAAGUGGGCAGCAAGGAAACGCGAAUGUGUAUGCCAACUUGGCCCGCAUGCAGGAGCGGCGGCAGGAGCGGCAGAGCUUGCUCACCAAACGCGUGCGUGGCAGCGUGGAGGCGGAUGAUGCGGCGGUGCAGAAAGUUUGGGACUCGGAACGCUACCAUGUCCAUACGGUCUUGCUUUACGCCAUCCUGCUCAUGAAUCAGGCUGCCCAGGAGCAGCUGCAAAAACUGCUCAAAAAGCUCCAAGAUCUCGAGGAUGAUGCAGUGCGAGCCAGAGAAGCUCCUGCAGUCUCUCCGAAGCCUCCUGUUGAACACGGAGCUUCGUGCAAUACGAGCACCCUGCUGCCGUCGGCACUGCAGCCGACUGCAGCAGCGGUAGCGACGUCUCCGCUGUCUGCCAAGCCGAAGGCAAGCCCUUCGGAUAGAGAUCCUGGUCCUACCGGGCCUAGAGCAUCCUCACCCUCACCGCCCUCUGCCACACCGCCUGCAUCUUCAACUUCGAGCAAACCAAAACCUAUCGCCUUCCAGGAUCGGUUUGAGACUGCCAUCGCUAUCUUUGGCAAGGCCAGCGUCUUGCAAGUGUAA